AGAGUCAUCUUCUUUCUCUCUUUGGCAUUAUUCCAUUUUUCUUUCUCUCACAAACAUUACAUUUAAGUUUGUGAGAGGAAGAAAGACAAGGUUUCAAGCCUCAUUUAAAUUGCUAAGACAAAGACAAGUUAAAAAAGAAAAAACAAUAUGGGUGCUUGUGCUAGUGUACCAAAGGGCAUGAGGGCUGAGGCAAUGGCAGCUCCUCCACCGGAACAUCCGAAGGAGGAGAACACCACCACUGCCACCACCACCACCGCGCCUGAGGUGGUGGAGGUGAAAGAAGGUAGUGACAAUGCCGAGCCAAAGGAGGAUGAGAAGGUGGCUGAGGAGAAAGGUGCUGAUGACAAGCACCAAUCUCUAGGAUCUUUGCUCAAUGAGAGUGAAGCAGCCAAGGAGUCAGCUAAAGAUGAGAAGAGCUCAGACAGCAAUGCUGAAACCAAAGAAUCAAAGGAUGAGGAGCUUCCAGUAUCAGAUGCAGCUGUUGCACAACCCUCUUCUUCUUAAUGAAAUAAAAUGCCUACAUUAUUUGUUGAUGUCUUCAGAGGCAAGCUCAAAUGUGGUGAAAUGGAAACAAAACUGUUUUUUUGGUGGAUAUAUGUUUUAGAAAUAUCUGUAUUUUCCAUUGGGUAUUUCAUAUUGUUGGAGUUCUCUUCUUCUUAUGUUGAAUUGUUUUGUUUGUUUUUCUAUUAAUCACUCGCACAGUACAGCUACUCUUA